AAGUACACACACUAUGAUCGGCUCAACACCCUGCCGACACUGGUUAAUAACGCAUCUGAUUCCCAAUAUAUUCCACCUGACUAUCAAGUACUUGCCUUGCGCGUGUUUGAUUGGUUCACACUGCGAGUCCACUGCCAACGUCUUCUCUACUUCAUCCUCUUCUAUGCUCUGCUUGCAGCCUUCUUCUUCGGCUACAUGAAUGCGCUAAUGUACUUUCAAGUGCCACGUGACUACCCUAGGCUGACGGGGGCUUACAGUGCCCUGCGUAUGAAUCCCGGCCUCAGCAUUGUACCCCAACCGGAUAUAUAUAACAGCCUGAUUUUAAUUCGGACGACCGUACCUCUACCAAUAUACUCCCUGAACGAUCAUAUCACCGCCUUCCUCCACUCCUACCAGGACAACACCGGUUGCACAGAGCUGGAGGACUGUAUAAACAACCUCUAUGGCUGGUUGCCGGACCCUGUGGAUGGGGCGGAAGGUGUGCUGGUACGGUGUGAGGGUGUUGAUGAGAAUGACACCAAUAACCUCGGAACCAUUCGUUAUUACGACAUGGAGUACAAGUUCUCGGCGGUCCCAUCGGCCAUAAAUCCCGGCAAGUUGGAAAAUGGCACAUUUCGGUCCAUGUACUUUCCCUACCAAAACCAAGCUUGUUAUCAACAGCCACUGGUGUUUGUGCAAUUUGAUGGCGUCAAGAAAACUACGCUCAUUCGAGUGAGAUGUUAUCUGGUGGCAAAGAAUAUUCACGUGGAUUUCGAACGUGGUGAAGGCAGCGUCUCUUUUGAAAUACUUAUUGAGUAA